AACCGGUUAUUUAUUUCUGCUCUCUAUGAAUAUUCUAUGGUUUCGUAUGUUAGCUACAUAAUAAGUUACAUUUAGUAGGCUAAUCAUAAAAUGUUUAAAUGCAACUUUUCGUUUAUACCACAUCUCAUGCGUAUAAAAUAUUGACCUUUUUUUUUUUUCAUAUGGAUCUGUUAGCAACAUUAAACACUUUUUAAUGAUCUUUGAACUGUGUCUGCUGUUAAAGGAUUGCACUAGAUUCGUUAUCAGUCGUGUAUUAAAGAGGAAGACUGGAUAUGAAAGGAAUUGCUUGAAAAGAAAUUUCUGUGUUAUUUUCUUAGCUGCAUAUUGAUCUCUAUAUUCUUUAUUAGUUUUAAAUUUUUACCUGGAAAUCUUGCCUAAAAUUGAAUGAUGAACAUCUGGUGUGCUCAGAGUGGGAUCACUGAAACAUCAAGACUAGAUCAACAACUGUAUCUUUAUUUCACUGCAAUAUUUUCUUUGGUGACCUCAUUCCCAAUAAAAAGAUAUUGAAUGAUGUGAAUUUUUCAAUAUGCAUGAACUUUUUGCACAAGUUUUGACUAACCGUGAUCUUUCAAGAGCUGGUGAUUUAUUCUCAAUCGACGAUAACAGUGUUGUAGCUGAUUUAUCUGAAGUAUUAGCUAGAAUUCAAGAAAUUGCAAGUUCAUCAGAUUUUACCCAAAAUGACAAUAACCAAAGUGUUAUUGAAAUCUGUAUCACAAGAGUUACUUCUGCUAUCAGGGAUACUGGAACAAUUGAACAGCAUGCUCUUGCAAUGGUUUCACUAUUAGAAUCAUGUCUCAAUCAUGAUCUUCGUCCACUUCCUAAAGAUGAGGAUCCUCCUCAUGCAAAAAUUGCGUCAGAUAUUGUCAGUUGCAUAUUUUUGAAUCACAAUAAGAAAUCAGUUAUGAAACUAGCAUUGCCUGUUGCUGUGAAAUUUUUACAUAGAGGCAACAAAGAACUUAGUCGAAAUUUAUCAAGCUAUCUUUCCUUAGCUGCAAUUAAUAAUGCGGAACUCCUCGCUGUUCACGUACAGCCUAUAAUAGACAGUAUAAUAAGUGGUAAGUAUUAAAUUGCUGCACAUGCUUGAAAGUU